CACAUUCACACCAGGGAGAGGCCAUUCACCUGCCCUGUGUGUGGGAAGGGAUUCACUCAUUCCUCACACCUAGUGGCACACCAGGUCAUUCACACCAGGGAGAGGCCGCUCACCUGCUCUGUGUGUGGGAAAGGAUUCACUCAUUCAUCCCACCUACUGGCACACCAGGUAGUUCACACUGGGCAGAGGCUGUUCACCUGCUCUGUGUGUGGGAAGGGAUUCACUCAGUCAUCCCACCUAGUGAAACACCAAGUCGCUCACACCAGGGAGAGGCUGUUCUCCUGCUCUGAAUGUGGAAAGGGAUUCACUCAGUCAUCCCACCUAGUGGCACACCAGGCAGUUCACACCCAGGAGAGGUCGUUCACCUGCACUGAGUGUGGGAAGGGAUUCACUCAGUCUGCGCACCUAGUGGCACACCAGGUAGUUCACACUGAGGAGAGGCCGUUCACCUACUCUGUUUGUGGGAAGGAAUUCACUCAGUCAUUCCACCUAGUGGCACACCAGGCAGUUCACACCAGGGAGAAGCCAUUCAUCUGCUCUGAGUGUGGGAAGGCAUUCACUCAUUCAUCCCACCUAGUGGCACAGCAGGUGGUUCACACCAGGGAGAGGCCUUUCACCUGCUCUGAGUGUGGGAAGCCAUUCACUCAGUCUACACACCUAGUGGCACACCAGGUAACUCACACCAGGGAGAAGCCAUUCGCCUGUUCUGUGUGUGGGAAGGGAUUCACUCAGUCAUCUCACCUAGUGGCACACCAGGUAGUUCACACCGGGGAGAGGCUGUUCACCUGCUCUGAGUGUGGGAAAGGAUUCGCUCAGUUAUCCCAUCUGCUGACACACCAACAGGUUUAUACUGGAAAAGACCAUUCACCCGCUCUCGAUAUGGGAAGGAUUCAUUCGCUUUUCCCAUCUGCAGACACACCGGCAAAUUCACACUGGAGAGAUGCCCUUUGUUUGCUCCAUGUGUGGGAAGGGAUUCGCUCUUUCAUCCUACCUGCUGACACAUCAACAGGGUCACACCGGGGCAAGGCUGUUUGCCUGCUCUGAGCGUAGGAAGGAAUUCACUCGGUUAACCAGCCUGCUCGGACUGUGGGAGUUAAUUGUGUCAAUUGAGGCAAAAUAUAUGCAGGUGCAGGACAUUUAUUGGAUGGUUACUUAAGCACAUAUAAGGAGACCACUUCUGACACAUAGUCGGGUGUAUUCAGAAGGUAUAUACCUGAAAUGUUUCACACUGUGAAUAAAUCUAUACAAAGCAAAGACUGGCUCCAGUUUCUUCCUUCACCAUCAGGCUAUCAGGAUUAUAACAUGGUAACAGAGAAUGCUUGUCUAAUGGUGGAGGUUGGAAACUAAAGGAAAAUAAAGUUUCAGACAUAAGCUUACAAUCCGGGUAGCUUUUGUGAGAAAUGGCUGAAAACAAGUGCAAAUUGUCAGGGAAUUGCUCUGAAUAAGGGUCAUACGGACUUGAAACGUUAACUCUGUUUCUCUCUCCACAGAUGCUGCUAGACCUGCUGAGCUUUUCCAACCUUUCUGUUUUUGUGUCAGAUUUCCAGCAUCUGCAGUAAUUUGCUUUUAUACUAUGGAAAUUGUCAGGGUCUGAUUACCUGCCGAUGUUCUCAGAGUCUGAGCCACACAAAUAGUGGAAGAGUGAAGUGGAUAUGUGGACAUGGGUUACGUCCCUACCAAGGAGGAAACAAGGUCUGGUCUUGGCAUUGUCACUUACCAACAAAAGUAAAAUCAGAAGCAAAGUAUUUAGUAGCUGGAUGCCCGACAGUUGGAUACUGAAGAAGGUCUUCUAUUUGGGUUCAUUGAUGAGAUUUACAAGCAAGAUGAUCUAUUGGAUGCCUAUGAAGCAUAGAUGGACUUUGACAUGUUUCAAAUGAGGGUGAAAACAUCUUUAGCAGAUCUGGAUGUCACUAGAGACAGGAUUGGAACAGCACUAAUUGGUGAAUGAACCCCAGGAAUGACCAAGGAACAAUUAACAGGUGUUUCAGGUCUGACUCAAAAUAUCAUUAUGUGAUGAACUGCCCAAAGUGGAAAAUCAGGGUCUUCGAAGUGACACAUGAUACAGAGAAUUCUGAGGCUGAAGAAGAUGAUGAUGAUCACUUUAAAGGAAUUGUACUAUUCACAAGGAGCUUUGGUCCCAGUGAUGAGUGUGUCAGUCACAGACUCAUUCAACUGUGCUGUGUUAGACAGUGGCUGCACCUCGACAGUAUGUGGAUCAGUUGGUGAAAAUGUUACCCAGAUUCACCUCGUAAUGAGGAUUGACACAAGGAGUAUGAAAGUUCGCCUUGUCUUUGGUGAUGUGAACACAUUGACGUCACUAAAAAGAGUGGGGAUUUUUGCAAAAUAGCUGGAGUCAUCCACUUUAUCAGGACUGGUGUACUGUCUAGUGAGGUACCCUUACUGUUGAGUAAACCUUCCACAUAAAAGGCACAAAUGCAACUGGACAUGGAAAGUCAGUGGAUCUGGAAGUUGACUCAGUCAGGACAUUAUCGUCUCCCCUUAACAAUACCUGAUGUUUCUAAUCAGAGUGUUUGAGAAGGAUUAAUAGUAUCAAUGAUAAGAAUCAGAGAGAAAAAAAACAUUAUUUUAAAACUAAACAGACAAUUUGCUCACCCUUCCUGUCAAGAUAACAAAUCCUGCUCAAUAAUGCAGGGGUGGUUGGUGAAGAGUAUACGAGGCUCAUGGAGGAGAUUAGAGCAAAGUGUGAAAUGUGUAAAAAGUAUGGGAGGACGCUGUCACAUCUAUUGUAAACCUUACCUUGGCACGUGACUUUAACUAGGUAGUUGCCAUGGAUCUAAAGGGAUGGGAUAAAGACAGAAAUAUUUUCAUUCUACACUUUAUAGACAUGGUAACCCGAUUUAGUCUUUCUCAAUAAUACAUGGCAAGGGCAAAAGGGAGAUUAUAGACCAAGUCGUGGAGAAAUGGCUAGGGACUGGACCUGGGGCACCAGCUAAGUUUCUGAUUGAUAAUGGAGGGGGAAUUUGCUAAUGACGAGUUUAGAGACGUGUGUGAAAACAUGAACAUUAUGGUCAUGAACACCGCAGCUGAAAGUCCUUUCAGCAAUGGAUCUGUGAAAGGAGUCACGUGGUGAUCGAUGAAAUGCUGCAGAAAAUCUUAGCUGAUCAGCCAAACUGCAAGUUGACAACUGCACUGACAUGGAUGAUUCAUGGAAAGAAUUCACUUCACAUGGUUGGAGGGAAAAAUCCCUUUCGAUUGGUCUGCAGGAGAAAUCCCAAAUUACCCUCUGUGCUGGGCGAUAGCCCUCCUGCUUUCGAAGGGACGACAAUUAGUUCCAUUUCAAGUCAUCAAUUAUUGGAUUGUUUCAUAAAAAGAAGUGCUCAAGCUAAGAAAUUACUGGGGAUCCUAGAAGAGGGAUGUCUUAAAAUGUAAUAAUUCUUUGUGCAAAAUAAGGAAAAUCAUAUUUUGUCCUCUUUGAUUUGUUUUGAAAUAUUGUUUGUGCUGAUUGUUACAAUCCCGGUCAAGACUGUUAAUGUUUAAAGAGAAAUUCAAACACCCAGUGAUAACUGAAAGAAUUACACCACAAGAUUCUACAUUUACAAACAAAACCAAAUUUUACUGUAUAUAUGAAACAAAAGAAUAUUAAAAACCAGCACUACAAACU